CAACAACAAACAAACUUUGCGACUCUCGCUUUCUCUCUCUCUCUCUCUCUCUGUAAAGAAGUUGUCAGAGAGACUUUUUGGCGUUAACUAUAAUCAGAGACAAUUAAUUCUCUGUUUCAUAUUCGUAAUUAUAGAACGAGCCAAAUCCAGGUCGACACUGUUGUUUCCUUCUUUUUUCUGCUUAUAUUUUGCAGAAACCGACAUGGCUUUUGCAACUUUCUGUGUUUUGUGCAGAGGGUUUAUGGUUUUAUGGUGUGCUUUUGGAAGAUUUUUACUGGGUUUUUGAUCUUGUGGUGGAUAUUGAACCGACCCCACUUAAAGUUUUUGGGUAACAACGAGAAAAGCUUGUGAAGCUGAAAUACAUAUUCCCAUUCGGCUGUUUUAUUCAUUAGUGUUUUUGUUUAUGUGCAGAGAUACAAGGUGUGCUUUGGCUAGUUCAUCAUCUUUUGAUUUUUUGUGUUUACUAGCUUGCUGGGAAUUGAGAUUGGAGUAGCAAAGUUUCCACUUUUGUUAAGUUCUGACUUUUGAGCUCAACUAAAGAAUAAGCCUUUACUCUCUCUUUUUGGGUUGGAUUGAUUCGGUUUUUUGGCAUUGGGUUAAAUUUUGGUUCUUUACAAGAUUUUGUAGAGGGGUUUGAAUUUUUGGUUGGAUUGCUGAUGGAUUUCAAGUGAAGUUUAGAUUCAAAAUGGUGUAUUUGAAUUAGUCCUUGUUUUGGUUUAGGAUUUGGGAAGCAACAAGGUUGUGGUUUUGUGUUAGAGUUAAUCUAGAGAGUGCUAUUAAAAGAGUUUGGUGGAAGCUGAAUAAUCGUUUUGAGUUGGGUUUGGAAAUGGCUGCUGAAGUUGAGAUUGAUGAAGACACUGAAAAUAACAGAGGAAGCAUGUGGGUUUUGGAUCAGAAACUAGAUCAGCCCAUGGAUGAAGAAGCUGGAAGGCUGAAAAACAUGUACAGAGAAAAGAAAUUUUCUGCCUUGUUACUUCUUCGGCUAGCAUUCCAGAGUCUUGGAGUUGUAUAUGGAGACUUGGGGACGUCUCCCUUGUAUGUUUUCUACAAUACAUUUCCUCAUGGUAUCAAAGAUCCAGAGGAUGUGAUUGGAGCUCUUUCGCUGAUUAUAUACUCUCUUACUCUUAUCCCGCUCCUCAAGUAUGUUUUUGUUGUGUGCAGAGCAAAUGACAAUGGUCAAGGUGGAACUUUUGCUCUAUAUUCAUUGCUUUGUCGACAUGCAAAAGUAAAAAUCAUUCCUAAUCAACACCGAACUGAUGAGGACCUGACAACUUACAUCCGUUCUACUUUCCAUGAACAAUCAUUUGCUGCAAAAACCAAGAGAUGGUUGGAGAGGCAUACAUUGAGGAAGAAUUCACUUCUUAUUCUUGUGCUUGUUGGCACUUGCAUGGUGAUUGGUGAUGGGAUUCUCACUCCAGCUAUAUCAGUUCUUUCAGCUGCGGGAGGGAUCAAGGUAGACCACCCCCGUAUGAGUAAUGGUGUAGUUGUGGUCGUUGCUGUUGUACUAUUAGUAGGUUUGUUUAGCAUGCAACAUUAUGGUACGGAUAAGGUUGGCUGGCUCUUUGCACCAAUAGUGCUGCUCUGGUUUCUCAUGAUUGGAGGAAUUGGCCUUUUCAAUGUCUGGAAAUAUGAUAGCAGUGUUUUAAAAGCCUUUUCACCUUUGUACAUAUACCGAUAUUUUAAAAGGGGGGGACGAGAUGGUUGGACCUCCCUUGGAGGUAUCAUGCUUAGUAUAACAGUUUCAGCUGUACAGAUUGCCUUUACAGUAGUUGUGUUUCCUUGCCUUCUCUUAGCUUAUUCUGGACAAGCUGCCUACCUUGUGAGGCACCCAGAUCAUGUGGCUGAUGCCUUCUAUCGUUCUAUUCCAGACAGUAUAUAUUGGCCAGUUUUUAUUGUUGCAACUGCAGCUGCUAUAGUAGCAAGUCAGGCUACCAUAUCUGCAACUUUUUCAAUAAUCAAGCAGGCCCUUGCACUUGACUGUUUCCCAAGAGUUAAAGUUAUACAUACAUCAAAGAAAUUCCUUGGACAGAUAUAUAUUCCAGAUAUCAACUGGAUCCUUAUGAUUCUUUGCAUUGCAGUGACUGCUGGAUUCAAAAAUCAAAGCCAAAUUGGAAAUGCAUAUGGGACUGCGGUUGUCAUAGUCAUGCUGGUAACUACACUGCUGAUGGUUCUUAUUAUGAUACUUGUGUGGCACUGUCAUUGGGUUAUCGUGCUGAUCUUCACUGGAUUAUCAUUGGUUGUGGAGUGCACAUAUUUUUCUGCCGUACUCUUUAAGGUCAAUCAAGGUGGCUGGGUUCCCCUUGUAAUUGCAGCCGCCUUUCUUCUCAUCAUGUAUGUUUGGCAUUACGGUACCAUGAAACGGUAUGAGUUCGAGAUGCACAGCAAGGUGUCAAUGGCUUGGAUUCUUGGUCUUGGCCCCAGUUUAGGACUGGUUAGGGUCCCUGGAAUUGGACUUGUAUACACAGAACUGGCAAGCGGAGUGCCCCACAUAUUCUCCCACUUCAUCACAAAUCUCCCCGCCAUCCAUUCUGUUGUUGUUUUCAUUUGUGUUAAGUACCUUCCAGUCUACACUGUCCCAGAAGAAGAAAGGUUCCUUGUAAAGCGAAUCGGACCCAAAAGUUUCCACAUGUUUCGCUGCGUUGCAAGGUAUGGCUACAGAGACCUCCAUAAAAAAGAUGAGGAUUUUGAGAAAAAACUCUUCGACAAUCUCUUCUUGUUUGUCCGGCUCGAGGCCAUGAUGGAAGGUUGUUCAGAUUCAGAUAUAUAUAGCUUAUAUGAGCAGCAAACUGAGCAGUCAAGAGAGGGCCUGCUGAAUAAUGACAAUGGAAACACAACCUGUUCCAUGACAGGCCUAACCAUAUCAUCAGUAGAUUCAAUCAUGCCAGCGAUGAAAUCGCCCCUGCAUGCAAAUAAUACAGUAAGGUCAUCCAGUCAAAUGAGCAGCCAAACUGAGACAGAAGAGUUAGAGUACUUGAAUGGUUGUAGAGAUGCUGGAGUUGUGUACAUACUGGGGAACACUGUGGUUAGAGCUCGGAGGGAAUCGAAGUUCUGUAAAAAGAUUGCAAUUAAUUAUAUAUAUGCAUUUCUUAGGAAGAUUUGCAGACAAAAUAGUGUACUAUUUAAUGUUCCUCAUGAAACUCUGUUGAAUGUUGGACAAAUUUUAUAUGUUUAACUUUUUGAACAAUAAGAAUAAUUUGUAUUGUUUUUUUUUUUUUA